GAUGAUCGCGCAGCAACAUACAUUCGACAACGCACAAGUCUCAUCCUCGCCUCGGUACGGUGAUCAGUCAGAAGACGACGGUAACCGGUGGUGUGCCUGUCAACAGGGGAGUCCACGACGGUGUAUCAAAAAAAAAACGUUCCCCGGUCCGGCCCAGUAAGCAGCAGGAGACGCAGAAGGGGAGGGUGCUCGCGCGCGCGCGCACACAAGCGUGAUAUCGCCGAGGGGUGAAGUGAUAAUUGAUCGUCUACGAUCGUCUCUGUCUGUGCCGUCAGCCGCUUGCGCUCGCGAUCUGAAAGGCUGCGCCAAGAACAGCCCCCUCACAGAGAGCGCCAGUGUCUGAUCGGUGCUCAUUUGAGGUGGAAGGUACCGUACCGUACCGUGCGCGACUAAAGUGACUCGAAUUCGAAUUCAAAACGGAAGAAGUAGAGGGUGUAGCGAGAGACUAUCAAGUGAUCCCACAAGUCGGGCGAUCCGGGGGGUUUUUUUUUGGGCCAGAAUUUAUUACAUUUUUCAUCGCUAAUUGGCCAAAUUGUGACCGUGUCACAAUGUCAUCUGACGCAACGAGUCGGAUCAGCAAUGUCGGCCGCCUGCUGACACUCCUCGUCACACUAGGCUGCACCACCGGUCAGCAGAUCGCGAAUGACCUACAGCAACAGCAACAGCAACUCGAUAUCCUCAGUCCACCGACACCGGCAUCACCGAUCGCCCCCGGAGAGCGUCAGUUCCGUGUGAUGUACGAGUGGAACGUGCUGGACUUUGCGUUCGCUACGGAGGAUGAGCGAUCGCGAGCCCUCUUCAGUGGUCGCUACAUCCCGAAGAACGUACUGAUCUCGGACUGUAAGCCACACACGAAUCGGCUCUACCUGACCAUCCCACGAAUGCUGCCCGGUGUACCGGCCACACUCGGUUACGUCGUACGUCCGGAGAAUAAUGGACGCACGGAUCCGGAGAUUGUUCCCUACCCUUCCUGGGAGAUGAACGAGCGUGGCAACUGUUCGGCGCUGCAGUUUGUGCAGGGUAUUGCCGUCGAUAAGCACGGUAUCAUGUGGGUAGUGGACUCGGGACGUACGGAAACCCUUAGCCGAGGAGCCGAUCACGUCGUCUGCCCACCGAAGCUUCUGCUACUGGACCUGAAGCGCAACGGAUCGGUGAUCCUGCGGUACCAGUUCCCGGAAUCGGUUGUCCCUCCCGGUAACAACUACCUGAACAAAGUCGUCGUCGAUGAUGCGUACGGUGGAUUCGCGUACAUCACGGACAACAGUGGAGCCGAUCCGGGUAUUGUCGUGUUCUCCCGGCGGCUCGUUCGCUCCUGGAAAGUCCGGGAAAACAACUCGAUGCGCGCGGCACGGAACUCGGUCCGGUUUGCCGUCAACGGGACGGAACUGAACUUUUCCAUCCACAUCGACAGCAUCGCCCUGGGACCGUACUACAAUCCUAAUCUGGAAUCGGAUGGCGCUCUUGACCCGCUGAUCGGUAGUCACAACUACGAGCGCAACGUGUACUACUGUCCACUGUCCAGCCAUCACAUCUACUCGCUGCCUGCCUCACUGCUCCGCGAUCCGGAGUUCAAUGCCCGGGCGACACCGCGCGACAUCCUCGAGGUCGUUACCGAUUAUGGCGAGAAGUCAUCGCAGACGGACGGUAUGAUUAUGGACAACCAGGGUGUACUGUACUUUGGGCUGCUCGGUGAGCAUGCCAUCGCUCGCUGGGACACCUACAAACCGUUCACCGCCAAAAACCAACAGAUUGUCGCCCGGGAUCCGACCUACAUCCAGUGGGUCGACAGUAUGGGGUUUGACCACGAGGGUUACCUGUACGUGACGAUCAAUCGGCUGCACAACUUUGUCGCCGGUCGGUUGAACCCCCUGGAGGUGAACUUCCGCAUACUGAGGGCAAAGACGGCCGGUCUGAGCUAUGUCGAAACGCCGGACAAUCUGUUCAACAGUGACGCCAAGUACCUGUACGGUGAUGCAGGCGGUACCGGAGAGACGUUCGUCGAUAAUGUGCUGCGCUUCCAGUACGAGGGUACGACACCGGCCUCGAGCCGCCUAGCUGCGGCCGGCAUACUCGGAUCAGCUGGACGUUCGACUGCAGCAGCAACAGCAGCAGUAGGCCACGGCGUGAUAGGAUUCGUUGCGUUGUUCGCAGUGCUGGUCGCGGGCACGCUUGGCCUUCAUGUCGCUUAAACGUGCAUCAGCGGCACUUCCUAGGCACUCGGAUGGCCCUCGGCAACCGACGGAGAUGGUCCGGUUCAUUUCCGUUCAUCAGUAUUGUAUAUAGUCUCAAAGCUUAAGUGUAAAUACGCGUCGUGUGCUGCGUCGUUUCAGAGUCGUUCAGAGGGUUUCAUGAGUUUGACGUUCCGAUGGGGGCGAUGGGCAAUGAGAACCGAUUUAUCGGACUAAUAAAGUUUCGUUUUCCUUUUAAGACAUUA